AGCACAAGUAAGUUUAAUGUAUUCAGAUGUAAUGGCAAUGUGAUAACUCCAUGACCCAUUAAGACUGAUAUGCAAUGGGGCUGAGACUGCACUGAGCUGACACAAAAGUGCUACAAAAGCUAGGAAUUGAAGAGUGACAAUGUCACUUGCAAGUACAAGGGAGCGGCGUGCCAAAGCAGGGCACCGCAUGGCAUCCCUGCUAAAUGAAGAGGAGGAAGAAGAUUUCUACAAGACCACUUAUGGAGGAUUUAUGGAAGAAGAAGGAGAUAGGGAUUACCAAUCUGAAGACUCAGAAGAAGAUGUGGUUGAUUCAGAUUUUGAUAUUGAUGAAGAUGAUGAGGUGAUUUCUGACAAUGAAGGGGAACAAGGAAAAGAAAAAAAACGAAGAUCAGGUGUUAUCACCAAGGCAUACAAGGAGCCAAAGCAGAAAGCUACCACAAAGCAGCCUGCAGAAAGAAAAUUUCAAAGGACAAAAGCAAAGGCCAAGGGGGCAAAGCUGACCUGGGCAUCUUCAAGUCCUCCAAAGCGGCAGAUCCGGAAGUCGACCCAGGCAAAGUCGGCAGAGGUAGCGCGUCGACAGCAGCUCCGAGCAGAAAUGAAGCAGCAGAAGAAACACACAAAGCCUGUUUAUCGUCACUUGACUCAGGAAGAGCUCCUUGAGGAGGCUAAGGAAACCGAAAGGGAAAACCUCAAGUCUCUGGAGAAGUAUCAGCUGAUGGAGUUGGAGAAGAAGAAAGUGCGGAAUGUGAAGAAGAUGGAGAGGGUUCCAUGCAUUCGGUACCAUUCUACCACGAUGCCGCUCAUAGAGGAAAUUGAUGGAACCGAUUCAGGGAAGAAAUACAGUCGUACUUUCAUCAGCUUUCCCAAUGAUGCAAAUUUUCUGAGCAACUUCUCCCGGGUGAAGCGAAAGUACCCCCCAAAAAUCAUCUGCCCCAUUACCAGGAAACCAGCCAAGUAUCGAGACCCAGUGACGGGAGUGGCAUAUCACAACAUUCGUGCUUUCAAGGUCAUCCGUGCAGCUUACUACGAGGAGCUUCGCCGGCUUGGUGACCGGAGCAAUCCUCGCGUCAAGGCUUGGCUCGACUAUUGGAGUAACGUGCGGGAAAAACCACUCCUUUCCGUGCAGUGAAGGACUGUGUGCAUUCUCUGUGCCUGUGAUGGAUGGUGUGGCGAUCGAUCUCAGCUGUGUGGGACUCGGGCGAAGUGGAGGUCCGGUUGGAGACUUUUGGGGGAUUUGUUGCCACCAAAUUCCUUUCGGAGAGAAGAUCUGUUUCCUUUCCAGAUGUGAUCUUCCGGAUCCUUUUGGAUUUCUUCCUGUGCAUGUGCAUUAUAACUUUCAGUGUCUUCGUAAUUUAAUUAUCUGAGAAUGUGAAUUGAAGUGUAUGAAAAGAAAAC